AUGAACAGUAGAAUCUGCAGGCGUUUUGAGGAUGGAGAAUUUAGCACUGGUAUUCUGUUGGGAGAUAGUGGAUAUGAUUUGCAACCAUUCCUGCUAACACCACUUGAGGAACCAAGGACCAGACCUGAACAGCUUUAUAAUGAAUCUUUAAUAAAAACCCGGAAUAUCAUUGAAAGAACCAUUAGCGUUUGGAAAAAAUGCUUCCCAUGUCUAGCUUAUGGCAUGCGUUUAAAAACAGAAACUGCAAUGACUGUUGUGGUUGCCACUGCAGUGCUACAUAAUUUUGCCAGGCAGAUGAGUGAACCAGAACCACCAGUAGAAAACAGAAAUAGGCUCAACUGUGUCAUUGAUCUUGGGCAAAUGACAAAUUCUAAAAGUUUGCCAAAUCAUGUGGGACAUGGUCAACUUAUUUUCAAAAACAGGCUUGAUUACCCCACAAUGGAAAGCAAUGUUAGAAAACGAUCAACGCCGCCUGCACCAUACCAACGAAUAGUUCCACAACCAGGAAAUUUGCAACUGCGUGAAUCUUUCUGGGAAUCCACCAUGGUUCAAUCGGAUCAUCAACUAGAUAAAUAA